AUGGAGGAUUUAAAAGCCGGUCAAAAUCUUAAUGUUUUCCUCCUUGGCGGAGUUACAAUUUUAUUAUGUUUUAUAUUACACUUUGUUUAUAAAACUAUCUUCAGCAACAACAACAGAGAAGCAUCGCUUACUACAGAGAGCGAUUCAGGGGCUCAAGUAGAGAAAGCUGUCUCUGAAGCGGUUGCCGUCGAGAGCCGUCCUGCUGGCAAGAGCAAAAAGCGCGCACCAUGGAAAGGAAAGACGGAGUUCAGCCACCCGUGGCUCCUCAAGAAUCUCAAGGGUCACCCCGGCACCGUUCUGCACAUGGAUUUCUCUUCGAACGGCAAAUUCAUGGCCGCCGCCUGCGAUGCUUCCUUCGUAGCU